ACAAGCACUGCGUUCCUCACCCGCCAGCUUUUGCCCGAACCACACAAGGGCCUGAGAUGAAGAACAGGGAGGAAGCUGCGGAAGGGAAACAGCGCAUUCACUUGCGUCCUGGCUCGCUGCGUGGCGUCGCACCGGCUGAGCUGCACCUCCUGCCCUGCGACGUUCUGGUCAGCCGGCCCGCCCCGGUGGAACGCUUCUUUACGCCCGCCGUCCGCCGCGAUGCAGACGGGCUGCAGGUGUCAUUUCGCGGUCGCGGCCUGCGGGGCGAGGAGGUAGCUGUGCCGCCAGGGUUUGCAGGAUUCGUGAUGGUGACAGAGGAGAUGGGAGAGGGGCUGAUAGGGAAGCUGAACUUCUCAGGGGACUCGGAGGACAAAGUGGACGAGGCGCAGGAGCCACUGGAGCGGGACUUCGACCGCUUUAUCGGGGCCACCAGCAGCUUCAGCCAUUUCACCUUGUGGGGUCUGGAAACGGUCCCUGGUCCAGAUGCCAAAGUGCAUAGGGCCCUAGGUUGGCCCAGCCUCGCUGCAGCGAUUCACGCCCAGGUGCCUGAGGACUGAGAACCAGAACAUGAAAAUGAAAGCCACGUAUCCCUUCCCACCAUUUUGGAGCCACUGUUGCUAUCCCAAUAAAUGAGAUCUUCACAACA